ACUGGGGACACUACCCUGAAUUGUUGGGCGGGCCUCGUUUCCGUCACUGUGGUAUCGACCAAUCAGAGAGCUCCGUGUAUCACGCAGCACCGCAGGUCAGAGUUCGGAGGUUGACAGGCAGGGUUAUGGUGGAGGUGGUGAUACAUUGGCGGGGCUGAGGUGAUUCGAACAGAAACAACCUAACACACAGAACCAGUUGGCCUAUCGGAACCAGCCGAGGAGUGGAGCACCGUUUGCUGAAGUGGAACCAGCAGCUGUAGUGAAAGCGGGGAGCUGAGAGUCGCUCCAGUGCGGCGGAGCCACGCAAAUCAAUCUUCUCCCUGAUUUCUCCAGAGUAGGAGCUGCACUCAUGGCGCUGCUGUACGGCCUGCUUUGGCGGCUCCUGCUCGCUCUGCUUCGCGUCAAGAGAGCCCUCAUGUCGUGGCUUCGAGGCCGCCUGCGGAACCGCGGCGGUAGCUUGUGGGAGCGGAUGGCGGCGGCGCUCCUCCUGCCCGCGGCUCUGCCGACGGACUCUCAGAAGAAGCUGGAGCGGAGCCCCGUGAGCGGGAGCCGCGCUGACACUGGCAGCCGCCGCGCGCAGUGGCUGGCGGAUGGCAAAGCUCUUGAGAAGUUGCCGGUGCACGUCGGGUUGAUGGUAGCCGAGGAGGAGCCCAGCUUUACGGACAUCGCAAACCUGGUGGUGUGGUGCAUGGCCGUUGGUGUGUCCUACGUCAGCGUCUACGAUCAUCACGGUAUCUUCCAGAAAAACAACUCCCAUCUGCAGGAGGAGAUCAUGAGGCAGCAACAGAACCUGCUGGGACUGGACGGGUCCAAAUACAACGUGGAGGUUCUGAGUAACGGCGGUGACGAACACCAGCACUGUGUUGUGUCCUGCAGACCCACGGUGAAAGUCUUGUCUCCUGAAGACGGGAAGCACAGCAUCGUUCAGGCGGCCAGGAAGCUCUGCCAUGCAGUGGAGAACAAGGAGAGGAGCUCCAGAGACAUUAAUGUGUCCAUGCUGGACGUCAUGCUUAGAGAAUCCAAAAACAUUCCAGACCCAGAGCUGGUGGUGAAGUUUGGUCCGGUGAACAGCACGCUCGGCUUCCUGCCCUGGCACAUCCGACUCACAGAGUUUGUCUCGGUGCCAUCGCACAGAAACGUGUUGUACGAGGACUUGUAUGGUGCCCUGCAGCGCUACGGAGUCUGCCAGCAGCGACUCGGACAGUGAGGAGACUUUUAGUUUUUUGUAGAGGAAGAGGAGUCUGGAUAGACGUUGAGCCGUCCUUUAUCUACCGUGUAUCCACAACUGUUUGAGCCAUGGUGACCAGUGAGUGUGGCCGGCGCAGGCUCCGCCUCUUGUUGUCCAAUGGACUCCCCUCCUGGGAUGUUUGGAGAUCACUCAGUUAAUCGGCGAGGUUGCUGACAACAGAGACCAGCUGUCAUCCUCAUGGCCUUCAUCCGUCCAUCUGCUGCUGACUUGGCAGAGCGUGAAGGUAGAGGAGGUGUGGCCAUCCCCCUCCUCUUCUUCACAGCGGGACAAAGACUCAGACUCACCUGACUAGCAGAUGACGUGUGUUUGGUGUGUAAAUAAGACUGACUGUUGUGUUGACCUGUUGUUUGGUUUCUGCUGGAGGGAUUUUUUGAAAUAAAGAGAAGUGCCACACGUCCCCAUC